CCACAUUCGCUCAUCUCUAAUUUUCAGACGAAAGAAAUCGGACGCACUCUGCGCGUUGUCGCGAGAUUAAAAAUAAUUUGAGCUUCGGUUAUAAAUAGUUAUUUUAUUUGAAAAAUAAUACAAGAGCCCCCCAAACGCAUAGGUACAGAAAAGUAUUGAUUUUCGUCCAAGAUGGCGGACGACGAGCAAUUCAGCCUGUGCUGGAACAACUUCAACACGAAUUUGUCGGCUGGCUUCCACGAGUCGCUAUGUCGCGGCGACCUAGUGGACGUUUCUUUGGCGGCCGAGGGCCAUAUAGUGAAGGCCCACCGAUUGGUGUUGUCCGUCUGUUCGCCCUUCUUCCGCAAGAUGUUCACCCAGAUGCCGUCGAACACCCACGCAAUCGUAUUCCUGAACAAUGUAAGCCACUCCGCGCUGAAGGACCUCAUCCAGUUCAUGUACUGCGGCGAGGUCAAUGUGAAGCAGGACGCCCUUCCCGCUUUCAUUAGCACCGCGGAGUCUCUGCAAAUCAAGGGGUUAACGGAUAACGAUCCUGCGCCGCAGCCGCCGCAGGAGCCUAGCCCGCCGCCAGCAGCACCUCAUGUACAACAACAACAACAACAAUUACCGGCCCAGCGGGCGCAGCGCCAGCAGCCGCGCGCCUCCGCCCGCUACAAAAUCGAGACCGUGGACGACGGUUUGGGCGACGAAAACAAGGGCACUACCCAGAUCGUCAUCCAGACCACGGCCGCACCUCAAGCCACCAUUGUACAACAGCCGCAGCAGCAGCAGCAGGCGGCGCAGCAGAUCCAGACGCAGCAGCAGCAGCUGCAGACGGGAACCACUACGACGGCGACGCUGGUGUCGACAAACAAACGUUCCGCCCAGCGCACCUCCCUGACCUCCGCCUCAUCUUCCAGCGGCGGCGUUAAGCGCCCCAAGACAAGCGCCUCUGCCAAUGUAAUGGACCCCCUAGAUUCGGCCACGGAUACUGGAAGCACAACGACCGCCCAACUGGUGCCGCAACAGAUCACCGUGCAAACCGCUGUGGUAUCCGCCGCGGAAAGCAAGAUCCACCAGCAACCGCAGCAGCAGGUCCGCCAGCAUCAGCAGCAGGAGGAAGCCGAAUACAUUGAUCUCCCCAUGGAAUUGCCAACGAAAUCGGAACCUGAUUACUCUGAGGACCAUGGCGAUGCCGCCGGAGAUGGCGAGGGCACCUACGUGGAGGACGAUGCUUAUGGGGACAUGCGCUACGACGACAGCUACUUCACUGAAAACGAGGAUGCUGGCAACCAGACGACGGCAAACACGAGCGGCGGCGGAGUGACCGCCACCACGUCCAAGGCGGUGGUUAAGCAGUCACAGAACUACAGUGAAUCCUCGUUUGUCGACACCAGCGCGGAUCAGGGCAACACAGAGGCUCAAGACACGGAUAUCAGUUUUAUCCGCAGCCAGAAAAAGAACGCCCAGCUGGUGUACCGGGACUACAUCUACAACAAGAAGCUGACCCAGGCCAAUGGACAGACAACCUGGCGCUGUGCUGAUGUCCUCAAGCUGCGCUGCAAAGCGGUGGUCAUCACCCGCGAUGGCCAGUUCAUCGAUGCCCGGCGGCAGCACAACCACGAGUCCCACUCCUCAAGGAUCGGCCAGCGGCAGCUCUAUAAGGUGGAGCAGGAACUGGAGGAGUACAUCGAGAUCUGUACGUCCAACCCCAAGAUAUCGCAGUAUCUGGGCAGCAGCAAUAUCAUCGUGACCGCCAAGGAUGGCAAGGACUGCAAGCUGUUUCUGCCCGCUGCCGAGGCCACGGAGAUCGAGAUGCAGGCCCUGGUUGACGCCGCCGAGGAGGAGGAGGAGGAGCUGGAGAUCGAGGCGGAGUCGCGUCGGGUCCAGCAGCGGGACCGAGAGCGGGAGACAAGGUGGCAGUCGGAGAAGGCGGAGGAGGCCAAGCGCCGUUCCCUGCUGAAGUCUAAGCACGUCUAGGAGUAAUCAUCUAGCACCAUAAGCUCGUAUUAGUCUCGAACUUUGGAAUGGGCUUAUUUGUUUGAAGAAAAGCUAUAAAUCGUAUAUCAUUCUGAACCUUCAUUAGUUUUCUUGCUGUAUGUCACAAUCAAACUGAAGCUAUAGUCUUAAAUUGACCAAAACCGACCAUUUCCAAUAGUUAUUUUUCAUACAUGUGUAUAUGUAUUUUAAUAUUUAUAAGAUAAUCGUUAGUCAGCCCGCAACCAAAAAUGUUUACAACCAAAAAUUGUCCGACUUACAAUGUUUGUAAUACAUUUAAGACUAUAGUUUUGCACCUUCCAUAAAAUAUGUAAUUUCUCAACUUUAGAAACCAAUGAUAUAGAAUAAGAAAACUGUUACAUACUUAGCAACAUGAAGGUUAGUUUCACAACGUGUGUCCAAUGAAAAGAAUCUGCUCAAAAAUACCGAGGUAUCCGAACAUUCAUAGGAUUUUAAUGAUUAAGUCAACCACUUUAGUAGAUUUAUAGUGGUUUAUAAUGGUUCAAGGAUUCUCUGCCAAACAAAUCGGCCCACCAUCUCGAACGUAGUUUAAUUGAAAUCUGUAAAAGUAUUUCAUAUUUAAUGCUCUAAUAAACUGAUACCAAAACAAA